CUCCCAGUUGUCUUAAAAAGUCCGCAUUCCACUCGCGACUCGAGUGGAGAACCUCGGAAGCUAUGAUUUCCGAUGACUGUUCCAAGAAGAAUAUGAGUUCCAUAUCCUCCACUAUGAAGCAAAUGGAGUACACAAGGAUUAGCAUAACGGGCACGCCCUAUACUUUCGUCGCUUAAAAGCUUGAGGUUCGAGGAGAGUGCCAAAGUGAUGAAUCUAUGAAGAAAGAGGCUAAUUGAGCAGCAACCCACACCAAUGGCGGCGACCAAAUUGUGGCUUCCAGCUCCAGCUCCAGCUUUCGGAUUCUUCUACUCAUCACUGCGACAGAGAAGAAAUGUCUUCAUCAUGCGAGCAGCCGAUGGGAAGGUUCGAAAUGCAAAGCUUGCUGCGAAGCGGUGUUUGACGGUCCCGUUUCAAGAUUCGUCCAGGCUCAAUCAGUUUCUCUCGGAGCCCGCUGGAAUGCAAAUACUCAUCAACACUAAUGCUCUACAAAGCUAUCAGAAACUCGACGACACCACCUACAGAUGCUGCUUGCCAAAGCUCGACAUUCUCAAGUUCGAGGUUGCUCCGAUCGUGGAUUUGUCCAUCGACGUUAAGGACGACGAGUGCUUGGUUAAGCUUCUCUCUUGCAAAUUUGAAGGCUCGGAGCUUGUUGAGAAGCAGAACCAGCAUUUCUCAGCUUCGAUGAUCAACCAUUUAACUUGGGGCUUGGAAAAGCAGCUAAAUGUCAACGUAGAGCUUAAUGUGUCUCUCGAGGUGUAUACGCUGCCCUUCACGCUUCUUCCAUUGCAAGCCGUGGAAACUCCCGGUAGCAUAGUUCUUCAGGCUAUGGUGGACAGACUUGUUCCCAUUUUCCUGGACCAACUUUUCGAUGGUUACAGGAAAUGGUGCUUGCAAGAGGUUCUCCAGCCCAAGCCAAGGCAAUAACAAAGAAAGAAUCGUUCCACCAAAACAAAAGAAAAAUAAAAGGUGAUGCUCUUUGGCGAAUGUAGUGAUAUUCCAUUGAGCUCUGCA